AUGGAGAAAUAUUACAAAAGAAAAUCAAAGUUGGAAUCAUCUCUUCCUCAAGAAAAAGAUUAUAAUUAUUCUUCUGCAAAACAAAGUCGCAUAGAAAUCAACGUAGUAGACUUUCCUGCAGAUCCAGGACUACGGCCCCAGAUUAUGGAUUAUAAUGCUAAUGAUCGAGACCAAAUUCGUAGGGCAUAUCUACAAAAAGAUGUCAAAGUGGUUGCAUUAAGCAAUGCUCUACAAAAUCUCAAGUUGACAUCUCCUGAUAUUCAAAAAGAUUUUGUAAAUGUGGCCGCAUUUGAAACUAUCAAUGUGAUUAUUAGAGAUCUUGGUUAUGCACUUUUUUCUAUUUUGAUUGAUGAAGCCCAUGACAUAUCAAUCAAGGAGCAAAUGGCAGUUGUAAUACAAUAUGUGGAUAAAAAAGGCCAAGUGAUUGAGCGCUUUUUGGAUAUUGAGUAUGUUGUUAAUACGAAUGCUCUCUCACUCAAACAAGCUAUUGAAAAUUUAUUCUCCAGACUUGGAUUGAGUAUUUCUAGAUUGCGGGGUCAAGGAUAUGAUGGGGCUACCGUGACAAAGAAUCAUGAUCAAAUUGCUUUACUUUUCACUUUGGUUUCUAAUGUGGUGAAUGUUGUUAGAGCAUUAUGCAAACGUCGAGAUAUUAUUAGGGAAAAGCAAGCUGCAAAAGUUGCCGAGGCACUUAAUACUGGAGAGCUAUCUAGUGGGCAAGGCCUAAAUCAAGAAACUAAUCUUAAACGUGCUGAUGAUACACGUUGGGGUUCACACUAUGGUACUUUAGUCAGCUUGGUUGGUAUGUUUUCAACAGUGAUUGAUGUGCUUGAAAUGAUUUCGAAGGAUGGUUCAAAUUCAAAACAACGAGCAGAAACAAAUGUGUUGUUGGACUCAAUUCAAUCAUUUCAGUUUGUAUUCAACCUUCAUUUGAUAAAAACGAUAUUGGCUAUUACAAGUGAGUUAUCGCAAGCACUACAAAGGAAAGAUCAAGAUAUUGUUAAUGCCAUGAAUUUUGUUCAAAUUUCUAAAGUACGGCUCCAAAAGAUGAGGGAGAGUGGGUGGACAUCUUUACUUGAUGAUAUUUUAUCUUUUUGUGAAAAACAUGAAAUUGAUGUUCCCCAAAUGGAUGAUAUGUUUGUAACUCGAGGGAGUAAAAGGCACAAUGCUCAAGAAAUUACAAACUUACAUCACUAUCGCGCUGAGUUAUUCUAUACUGUUUUGGAUAUGCAAAUUCAAGAACUAAAUGCUUGUUUCACUAAGUUGAACACUGAGUUGUUACUUUGUAUGGAAUGUUUGAAUCCAUAUAACUCUUUCUCUAAUUUUGACAAGAAAAAGUUAAUUCAUCUUGCUGAAUUUUAUACCAAAGAAUUUUUUUUAGUGGAGCUCAUUGUACUUAAUACAUAUAUUAUCGACAUGCUAUCCAGUAGUGAGUUAUCAAGGUUGAAUGGAAUUGCCGAUCUUGCUAAGAAAAUGGUGGAGACUAGAAGAGACAAAAUAUAUCCAUUGGUGUAUUUACUCUUGACUUUAGCAUUAAUCUUGCCUGUUGCAACUGCUACUGUUGAAAGAGUAUUUUCAGCUAUGAAUAUUGUGAAGAAUCGGUUGCAGAACCGAAUGGGUGAUGAAUGGAUGAAUGAUAGCUUGACGAAUUUUGUCAUAAGCUAA